GAACUCCACAAUGUGAUCCUAGCAGCUACAGAUAGCUCCUGCCUCAAAAACAGAAUAGCAGAGGUGAGGGCAGGCACAGAAAUCUUUGUGAAAGGAGAAACCAACCUUGAAUUAGCAAUAAGAGUUUCACUAAAUCUUCAACAGUCCAACCAAGUUGGCAAGGCAGUGGCAAUAAAAGUCCUAGCAGAAAGCAUUGACAUCAGAGUCAUGCUCCAUGACACUAACUCAAAAUACAUCUCAAAGCAUCUCACAACUUCCAGACAAGGAACAGAAGACACAAGAUACAUCAGUGUUUCUAACAAAGAGAUUCUUUAA